AUUAAAAUGAAGAAGGAAGGAAAUUAUGGAGAUUCAUUCCUCAAGAAGAAGAUUCAAGAGAAAGAAACAGAGAGAAACGAGAAGUUUGAACCAGCUGGAGAAGAAGAAUUUGAGGGUGUGAAAAUAGUAGCCUACUAUUUCUCAGCUUACCACUGCCCUGCUUCCAGAAUUUUCAACAACAGCUUGAAAGAGGUGUAUAACAGCAUCAAUUUGGACGAGAAAUUCUUCGAGGUUGUCUAUGUCCCCUGCGAUUUCGAUGAGGACAGUCACAGAAAUAAUUAUGCCUAUAUGCCAUGGCUUUCAUUUAAAUUUAAUGAUGAAAAUAUUGCCUUACUCAAGAAGAAAUAUCAGGUAAAGCAAAUUCCUUAUCUGGUGGUGGUUGAUCCCCAAAAUGAAUGGCAGACUCUUUCUAUAAGAGGAAGGAAGGAGGUCCAAGAGCAGCCUGAGGAAUGCUUUGAGUUGUGGCUAUCAAAUCAGAAGAACCAGAAAUAUACAGAUCCAGUUCCAGAUACCCCUAUCAGCACUACCAUCACUGAUGAAGCAAAAGAAGCAAUGAUUGUGUACAAGCAAUGGGAAGAAGACAGAAAAAGAGAGAAGGAGGAGGAAAGAGAAAGAGAGGAAAAAGAAAAGGCUGAAAAGGAAGCAAGGUUGAAAGCUAGCUAA